UGGCGCGACAGGGUUCGGAACUUGGAGCACAUCAAAGAAGCAAUUUUGGUAUCAUGCGUCCUCAAAACUCUCCUUCCCCAAAUCAUAAUGCUUAGCUCUCAUGAGUGAGUGUCGUUCUAUUGUUAUAAUCUAUUAUCGGCGUAUGCCUUACAUUUCAAGUACAUAAUGGCUAUGAUAGAUGAUAGUGUUUCAUCUCUCUUCGUCGAUGGCGGUGACGAUGUCGAGAUGGGUGAUGAUGCCAUCUCUCUGACCUCGACACUCGAAUCAGAGCACGAGCCCGAUGAAGAGUUCGUGGUGAAUGCCAUUCUAGCUGAGCGGUCCCUUGAUGAUCCGACUCAAGCUCAACAGAGCAAAAAGCAGUAUCUCGUCCAGUGGGAAACUUAUCCUCUGAGCCGAAGCACCUGGGAAGGAAUAGAGAACCUCUCAGACGAGCUAUAUCAGUCAUGGCUCGAACAGCGAGAGCAAGAACUUCAGGGCAAACGUCGGGCGUUUGAUGUUCAGAUCUUUGAAAACGCCAUUGCAUUUGCACAGCAACGCAAAGCGGAAAGACACAUGAUGCGUAAUGAUGAACGACGGAGACUUGGCUUGCCAAUUACGGAGCCUUUUCCCGACCAAUUUGACGGCAAGGCAGAUGCUUCCAUGAAAACUGAACAAAGUUCUGAAGUGUCUGAUACUAUCAUCGAUGAAAUGACCGGUGGUCAAAACAAUGGCAAAGUAGCUACGCCGAUCGACUCAUUGAAGGUUCCAACAGCGGCGCUUUCUGCAAAGGGAUCGUCUUCACCCAGUAGAAGCUCGUCAUCUGAUACUGGUGUUUCCGAGAAACUACGAGAGGCAUUAGGUACGAUUCGACCGGGCACAGGUAUGGGCCCAGUUGGAAGUGUCGGCGGACAAGAGACAAAUGCGACAAGAUCCACGACCUCUACAAAUAAGCCAUCAUCUGUAGCACCUUCCACAACCUUGGCCAACAAGUUCGCUGGGAGACGCCUCAAAGCCACUCGCACAGUCUCUAAGCCUUUGCUCCAGAGGUCAAAGACGAUCGGUACGGCGUCUGUCCGCACAAUACCUUUACAGCAGCAACAACAACAGCAACAACAGCAGCAGCAGCAGCAGAAAGUACGUAAAGCUCGCAUGAAUCUGAAGGAUGCCAUGAUGGACCCUACCAAAACACCCAAGCUUAUGUCAAAUUUUCACCGUGUCAAUCAAUUGCGCAAAAAGGCAAGUGAGCUCAACGACUCUGCUCCUGCGGACCCGUCUGCCAUUCCAGCUGGUUAUUUUAUUACGCCCUACCCACCGAGCAAACCCCACGUCACUGGAGGCAAUUCCCAAGAGGCCCAGCAACUCCCAGCGCUAGCACCGCCAGCAGGUCCCACGAAGAUGCGAAAGACGGUACGCUUUACGGAAGAGACCUCAACUUCUUGCGACAAGGCGCGGUCGCCGGUGGCGCUGGAAUUAUUGACUCCCGUGAGAAGGGUCUCCUUACAAUCCUACCAGCAAAGGGCGGUUACUCAGGUAGUCACGAAGUCGGCUUGUUUUGGGUCGUCCCGAAGUAUUCGUGUUGAUUUUCAUGGGAUACCUCGCACAGGUGAUUGGUUGAUUAACAUUAUCAAUGAUGAAGUAUUACAGUUCAAGGCAGUCUGUGCGUCUGCCGAUUUCUUCUCGGGAGAUGCCCUAUACGAUGGUGACGAUACUCAAUCGAAGCUAGCAUCAGGACGAAUAUUGGCAUCUAGCCAUGAGGAUACAGCAGAACUGAAUAUGGUCGCCACCAAUCUACGACGAGAUUCUUCUGGACUUUUCGUGGCACUGCACGGUUGUUCGAUCAUUUUAUUUCCCGGCCAGUGUUCUGCAUGGGCACCUCUGGCACCUCCUCUAGAGUUGGCAUGUGAACUUAGAUAUCUGAUGUUCAAGGCUAAGUAUAACUUGGUUCCUGACCACUACCCUACACUAUCUCACGACACUAUCACCAGUAAUGAAACUAGUUCCACUGGCGUCCGAUUGAAAAUAAUGAACGAAAUUGGAGCUAUCGACUACGACACUCUUCUAGCUCCGUCAGCCCAAGAGAAGCACGCCUUCUUCCUGCUCUUCCAUCCAGGAGAGAUUACUGUCUUAAAUGCAUUGUCGCUCUGGCUACGGGCAUGCAGACCGGAUUGCAAGAUAUUCUCAAGUCAAGUACCAGGAGCUUGGAAGGCUUACCAAGAGGAAACGAACUCUGGUGCAGUGAUUCUUCAGGAGUCCGCCGAGAAAAGCAUUAGGAACAUCCCUAGAUUUUGGGACAUGCUCAAUCACGGCGCUCACACUUUCUGGAGUUUCUCUUCGUCCGACCAUGAAGCCGUUCUGAAGCAUUCUGCACUGGAGAGCCAGCUUAUAUCAGGCGUGCCCAAACAGCUGAAGUUGACACAGCUAUUCCUUGCGGGACGCGCAUUUCUGAUUACUCCAAGCUUUGUGGUCUCUCAGCCAGGAAAGCUCUGCAAAUUUCUCGAGUGGUUCAAGCAGAGGGCGAUAUUUGCUCCCUAUGUCCUUGUAGUGUGCACAAAUUUCUCACAAUAUCUGUUUGAACUUGCUAUGGAAAAGGCUCGUGAUAGCGAUAAGUUUCUGGAAGAUAAUUCCAAUGAUCUUCUGGUCAAGAACUGGACUACUUCAGAAGGAAUAUCCCGAAAAGACCUUGAAGACAGAGUACGGGCAUGGGAGUUGGUCCAAGAUCUGAGCGGUCCGGCUUACUACGGGUUGAAGUCUUACGAGGAACCAUCAAAGGAUAUUCGUAAGAUUGUAUGGGCUGACGAACUUAUUUCGCCGGAUGACGAGCAGAGUCUCCUGAAUUGGUAUGCGGCCUGGUCGAUGACAAAACUGGGCACAUAUCGUAAUUUCCACGUUAUUGGCUCCAGCGUCAAUGGUAUCCAAUGGGCCAAGCGAUCUGUUCGGGUGCCCAACUAUAUGCCAGGAGUCAUCAACAAUCCCGAUGGAACCACCAACGACUCCGUGGAAAUUGCGGCAGCCAAGUAUAAGUUUAGAAGCCACCUGUUCCAAGCGGAUAAACCGUCCGAUUUCAGGCCUUGGUUCGAUACCUUUAACUCCCUUAAGGGCACAUCCUCGUUCUGGAUGUUUUUCAAGCCAGUGAGCUGGCUUGAUAGGGAUAUGGCUGAUAUGCAUAGAGACACUUACACCGAAUAUGGCACCUACGAGCAAUGGCUCCGAUGCUGCCCCAGAUUCUUCGGGAAGGUUAAUACUCUCGUUGGAUUUUUCUACACCACUGAGUCAGACUGGGAAGGAAUGUAUCAGCCAGAUACCACCGCACGUCAUCCCUGGAUUGCGCUCUUGAGACCGGUCAAUCCCCACCUCGACCCUACACAAUUCUCUAAGCUAGAGUUGUUGAUAUGGGACUGUGCAGCUAAGGACCGCUGGCCUGCCCAUCCGAGGCGUGAACACCUCCUGCCAAUGCAGCGCAAAUUGAUAGAUUUUGUUCGGGCUGAGGUUCCAAAAGAAACGAUGAAAAGCAAACUUGGUGGUUACCACCUCGAACGUAUCUUUGUUGGCGGCGGGAAUAUCGAAGUGGAUGCCGAUCCGUCGUGUCCGAUAGAUGUUACCUGUAAGGCUAUGGAGGCAAUUGUUCAGGGACGCGAAGGUCGCGCUAGAUACGUACCACCCUGGGAUGAAGUCAUGUUUAGAGCCGGAUGGAAACUCCUUGACGAAGGCCGCGCUGCAGACAUGCCUCAAUUGCCCAGAGUCUCUGCCGACGACGAAGAGCCGGAGAGAAUUAUUUUUCACCCACCCCGCGGUACCUGCGGCUCUCACUCUGCUUGUACGAACGACCUCUACGAUAUGGCAUUGAAGGCACGCAUCAAAGACCUGCAAUGUACAAGCUUCACGUACCACUACAAACCGACGCUGCAGUGGUAUCAGGAACUCAAAAACGAGAGGCGUCUGUAUAACCAUAUCAUGGUGGACAGUUGGGAUCAUGUCUUCAGAGACCUAAGAAUAGAUUAAAAAGUGGAUAAAGCUAAUGGAAAGACGAUUGCCCAAGCGAAGGUUUGUUGAGAACAAUCUGCUUUCACAACAUUGAAGAAUUAAUGGUCUGCUCACGUACACACUAUGGCUCUUAAUGCAAUU